AUGGCAGAGGUCGGUCAGAGGCUGGGGAGCGGAGCUUACCGGUUCUCCGCCCUCAGAAACAGCCAGAGCCGACCGGUGUGCACCGGAGAGAGUCCCGGGGCCCUGUUGGGGAACUGUACCUUCACUGACAGCCGGUUAAAAGAGGAGUCAACACGUCACCAACGUGAAGUUCAGCCGGUUUUAAGAAGCACAGCAACACAGCGAAGACCAGAGAAACUUUACAGAGUGAGAUCAAGUGAAAGUCAACAGGAAAAUGGGACUUUGCGCUGUGCCACGUCUCUGGAGCUGGAUUCAUCCCGUUUUUUCAGUGAGAGCCUGCAUCAUACAGCAGCCCUGUAUCUCUCAGCGAGACUGCAGCCUCUCCUCCAGGAGAAGCUGCUACAUGGUAGGAUGACACCCUGGACCAGAGAAGCUGUUUCCAUCCACCCUGACACCUUCAGGUCCCCUAAGCAGCUGCGAGCCUUCUGCACUGUCAUCUUCAUUCUGGCAGAGCAGCGAUCAGAGAGGCAGAGGCGUCUGAAGCAACAUCCUGACACCCUGCGAGCAUCUACAGCGAGCAGAAGCUACAGCUGGAGGAGUGACAGCAGCUCAAAAGAUGCUCCUCCGCUAUACAGAAGCAGGACGUCCUAUUACGACCUCCUCAGAGUGUCCCCCGCAGCCACACAGGCCCAGAUCAAGACGGCGUACUACAAGCAGUCCUUCAUCUACCACCCUGACAAGAACCCAGGGAACAAGGAGGCCACACAGCGCUUCUCUGAGAUCAGCGAGGCCUACACAGUGCUGGGCAACAUCAGCCUGAGGAGGAAGUAUGACCGUGGUAUUCUGAGCGGGGCAGACGUACAAAGUGCAGGGAGACCAUCCUCCAAAGAGACCAAAAGCAGACACACAGGCUCCCCACAGCAUCACCAGCAGCAUCAUCACCACAGAGCCAGGCAGUUCUCCCAAACUGGAGGGAGGACAAUGUUUGAUUUCGAUGCCUUUUAUCAGGCUCACUACGGGGAGCAGCUGCAGAGGGAGAGGGACAUGAAAGCCAGGAAGGAGCGCAUGGAGGAGCAGAAGAAGGAGAACUACAACAUAUGGAGGAAGGGGAAAAUGUUGGAGAUGGCUGCGGUGAUGCUGCUGACCAUGGCAGGCUUACUCUUUGUCAGUGUCAACAAGUCCUGAAAUAGAAGCAGCGACCUGGCAAGCCCCCAUGGGGUUACAUGUCAUGACUCUCAGGGGGGUGGAAGGGGACGGGGGUGCUACCUCAGACUGUUUUGCAAGUGUUGCACAAUUUCAGAUAGUUGAAGAUGAUUGUUUUUAGUGUGUUGCAGAAGUAAACAAAGCCUGUCUCAUUUGUUAGAAGCAUUAGAUAGGCUUGUUAUUCAUGUACUGUGUCCCUUUAGAAUCCGACUGUAUCAGAGAGGAACUUGAACAUAUUAAUUUUCUUUAUUUAUUCAUGUCUGGGAUCUAAAAUGCAUAAGCAAACAUUACACACAUUCGGGCUGGGUAUUGGUACUCAGUACCUUUAAGGUAGGAAUGCUCAGUUUGGUUUGUCCAGGGGCCACUUUUGACACAGCAGCCCCAUGAGUCAGGUGUAUACGGCGUUUCUAGGAACUGAACAUAUUCAGGGCUUAGACCGCACCUCUGUAGGGGGUUCCAGGGAUCCUCUCCUGACACAUUUUUUGAUAAACAAGCUCUAUUUUGAUCUGAUCUGAUCUGAUCUAAUCUGGCACCGUAUUUAUAUUAAAAAAAGAAAAUGUAUUUUCAUUGUGAAUUAGAAAUUGAUCGGAGGGCCACCUGGACCUUAUCGAAGGCCAGAUUUGACCCCCGGGCUGUAAGUUGAGUGUCACUUCUUUAAGGUAUCGACUGAAAUAGCCCAGUACCACGUGAUAUGGAAACUUCUCUGGUCAAGCAAUACCUGCAUCGAUCCUUUCUGUAUCCAGAUCUAGAAAAAAAAAUGUGUAUGGUUUUCCUCACAGCCAACUACCACCAA